AUGAGUAACCUAUCAUUGUUGAGAGAUGCUCUAAAGAAAAGCAACACCAACACAGAGAUGAUAUGCUGGCAUUCAGAUUCACAAGUUUUGAAGGAACGUCUACGUAGACUUGAAGCCACUAUUGUACCUGUUUACAAUGAAACAGAAAACUUGAGGCGGAGACAAGAGAAUAUAGAUAAAACAAUGACAACAUUAGAUCAUGUCUUAGGAUAUUACCAUAUAUCACAAGAAGCUGAGAUGAUGAUCAAGGAUGGACCAGAGAUGCAUGGUUUAGACAGGUAUCUUCAACAGAUGGACAAGAUACUAGAAGCUCUGAAUUAUUUCAAGAAACACAAUCAAAAUACUGUGGAAUUGAGAGAUGUGGCUGCUUUGUUUGAACAAGGGAAGGACUGUUUACACGCAGAGUUUCAGACAUUGUUAGCUCGACAUGGUCGUCCAGUACCUCCAGUCUGUAUUCUAGAUCUUAUUGGUAGUGAUGAAGAAUUACAAGGUGACCCAUCUGAGACACAAAUGGAACAUCUACCAGAGAAAGUUAUAGAAGAUCUAAGUGAUAUCAGUAAAUGGUUAAUUACCAAUGGCAACACUACUGACUUCCUAAAGAACUACAUUACAAUGAGAUCUAGUAUGCUUAUCAAGUCAUUGAAUGGGUUGAAAGAACAUUUGAAAUCAGCCAGUGGUACUAGUGUGACUCUAACUGCCCCUCAUUCAUCACCUGCUCUGGGACAAAAAUUCAACAGGAAUAAAGAUACCCCUGGACGAAAAAGUAUUAAAAAGUUUGCGAGAACUAACAGUAGGUCAAACAGUAUAGCAAAAGGUACGCAUGAAAAGGUUGAUGUUUUGGUACAAUCAAAUGUUGACCAUUAUCUAGGUCAUCGUAGGACGGGUUCAGCAGCUGAGAUGAUCAAGGAGGAACAGUGUGAUGUUGAUAUAGAUGUUUAUAUCACCGAGUUGACAGCUCUACUUAAACUCAUGCAGAGUGAAUUACAACUUCUAGUACAGAUAGUGCCGGAGAAAUUCCAGAGAUCAGUGUAUGAUAAUAUUGUACAACCUGGUCUAGACUCAGUUGUCAAUGAAGGAGAGACUUUAGCAGCUUAUUCCAGGAAGAGUAUUGGUCGACAUGAGUUCAGUUCUGUUCUGUCUAUAUUCCCUGUAGUCAAACAUCUCAGAUCCAUCAAACCUGAAUUUGAUCGAAAUCUGGAGGGUUGUCAAGCACCAACAAGAGCCAAACUUGCCUCUCUGUUAUCUACUUUAGGCAGUACAGGUGCAAAAGCCUUGGAGGAGUUCAUAGACAACAUAAAGAAUGAUCCAGACAAGGCAUCUAAUAUGCCCAGAGAUGGUACUGUACAUGAACUCACCAAUCAUACAAUGGUAUUUAUGGAGCAGUUACAGGACUAUGUUGAAACAGCAGGAGCUAUGUUACUUAUGCAUGGGGAACAAGCAGCGCCCAGUGAAGCUGUAGAUGACAGGAAGAGCAGAUUAAAACUGGCUGACUAUUGUACCAAAGUGUUGUCAGCAUUAGGUUUAAACCUGAGUAACAAGGCAGAAACUUACAGUGACCCCUACCUUAAACCUAUAUUCAUGUUGAACAACUUUAACUACAUUCUAAAAUCAUUAAAAAGGUCAGGUCUGAUAGAAUUAAUACACAAAUGGAACAAAGAUGUUGGAAUGUUCUACGAGGAACAAAUAAUGGACCAGAAGAAAGCAUACUCUCAAAGCUGGAGUAGGGUGAUGCACUAUAUACUUGAGAUGAAUGAACCAAUGUCCUCACAGAGAAUGUCCAAUCCUGAUGCAAAGUUAAAAGAUAAAGAAAAACAGAAUAUAAAAGAUAAAUUUACAGGUUUUAAUAAAGAGCUAGAAGAAAUACUCCGAACACAGAAAGGUUACGCCAUUCCAGAUCAGGAGUUACGCAGCUCCUUAAAGAAAGACAAUAUAGAGUUUAUCAUGCCAGCUUAUAAGAUAUUCCUCGAUAAAUACAAGAAGAUGAACUUUACGAAGAAUCUGGACAAAUAUAUCAAAUAUCAGGUGGUAGAUGUCGAAGAAAUGAUCAAUAAGUUCUUCGACACAGCAGCUUAAAUCCUGACACAGCUGAAUUUAUGUAAUGGACUUUUCCUGCUUUCUAUUCAGUUUUUCUAAUUUCUAACA